AUGGGAAUGUACCCUUGGUUGAUUUGGUUUAUCUGGAAGGCCCGCAACGACAAGGUUUUCUCUAACGGAGAUUGGGAUCCCCGUGAGAUUAUAAGUCACGCGGCAGCGGAGGCUUCGGCCUGGGCAAUGGCACAGGAACGACAUGACCGGGUGGGUCCGGUAUUAACGACAACGGUGGAUACAACUUUCAUGGGGGAUAGAUGUCAGGUGGAUGGAUCUUGGAAAGAAACGGACUCCCGAUCGGGGCUAGGAUGGUAUAAUUUUAAUAUGGAGACAGGCGAGAAGCUAUUGGGCACAUGUAAUCUGUGGAGGGGAGUUUCUCCCCUUCAAACAGAAGUGGAGGCCUUGUUAUGGGCAAUGCAAUGUAUGCUACGGCAUAACAAGUUAGUAAUGGUGUUUGAGACGGAUUGCUCCGAUGUGGUCUAA